UCCGCCGUGUUGCCAAACAGGCAGACACUUCAGCAGGAAACUAAAAAAACACAGCUGAUUCAGCGGUUAAAAUGUUCCUCAGUGUCCGUCUGCUGCUGCUGCUGGCGGUGCUCGCCCCGGUGACCUCCACCACCAACCCAGGGGUAAAGGUCAAACUGACCCAAAAAGGCCUUGAAUAUGGCAGACAACUAGGGAUGAUUCAGAUCCAGCAGAAGCUCAAAACCAUCAAGGUCCCUGAUAUUUCAGGGUCGCAGAAGGUUUCACCCAUUGGAAAAGUCCAGUACAGUCUGACAAAUAUGCACAUAGUGAAUGUGGGGCUGCCGAAGUCCGGGCUGGGCCUGGUACCGGGUACUGGGGUCCGACUGUCUAUUGGAAACGCCUUCAUCAGCCUGAAUGGAAACUGGAGGGUCAAGUACCUGAGAUUUAUUAAGGACCACGGCUCCUUCGACCUGAAAGUGAGUGGACUCACCAUCGGUACGACUAUCAUCAUUCAGAGUGAUGAGACAGGUCGGCCCAGGGUCAGUAGCACCAACUGUGCAGCUACAGUCGGUGGUGCUGAUAUUAAAUUCCACGGUGGUGCCAGCUGGUUGUACAAUCUGUUUAGAAACUUCAUUGAUAAGGCUUUACGUAGUGCUCUGCAGAAACAGAUCUGCCCCCUGGUGGUCGAUGCCAUAUCUGAUCUGAACCCUCAACUGAAAACUCUGAAUGUUCUAGCCAAAGUUGACCAGUACGCAGAGAUCGAAUACUCCAUGGUGUCAUCGCCUACAGUUUCCAAAUCUUCUAUCGACUUCGGCUUGAAGGGGGUGUUCUACAACAUCGGGAAACACCAGGAGCCUCCGUUCUCCCCUGCCGUCUUUUCUUUGCCUCCACAAAUCAACAACAUGUUGUACGUCGGCAUGUCCACUUUCACCAUCAACAGCGCCGCCUUUGUGUACAACAGCGCUGGAGCCCUGAGCCUGUACAUCACUGACGACAUGAUCCCAGCGGGUUCCCCCAUCCGACUCAACACCAGAACAUUUGGAGCCUUCAUCCCACAGCUUUCCAAACUUUUCCCAGGUCUGAUGAUGAAACUGUUGGUAAAGACAGCAAAAACCCCUGUCAUCUCUUUCCAACCUAACAACGUGACGGUCCAAGCCAGUGGCACCGUGACCGCCUACGCCAUCCAGCCCAAUGCCACGCUCUCCCCUCUGUUUGUCCUAAACCUGGAGACCAGCGUCAGCACUCGGGUGUUUGUCAGCGGGAUGAGGGUGGCCGGCGCUGUCACUCUCAACAAAAUGGAUGUGACCCUGGGGACAAGCUACGUUGGAGCAUUCCAGGUCAAAUCCCUUGACAACAUCCUGCAAAUGGUCGUCAAAAUCGUAGUGAUCCCCAAGCUCAACGCCCAACUUGCGAAGGGAUACCCACUCCCUACAAUUGGGAAGAUGAAGCUUGUGAACACUGAGCUGAAGGUCCUGAAGGAUUACAUGCUGAUUGGGACGGAUGUUCAGUUUACAGCCUGAUGAUGAAGUGUUUUGACCAGAUAUCUGUUUUCCACUGGGACACAUCAAUGUAAAGGCACAAUCACAGCCAAUCUAAAGAAAAAACACUGACGAUAUACUACAGCUUCAAACAAACUUGAUAAAUGAUCACAUUGGAUUAUUGUGCACUGAUACGGUCUGUUUAUUUGUUUAUUCAGGCCAUGUUUCUUCAUAUUAAAUGUAGAAGUUGACAGUGAAAAGUCUUCCUGCAGGAAACAUUCUGCUGGAUAACGUCUGCUGUCGCCACAAUCAUCCAUUCUGAAAUAAAGCUCUCCUCCCAAAGCAGAUCACAGCACUUUCUGCUGCUGACUUUAGGUAAAAAUCUCUCCUAAAGUUUCCGACUUUGAGCAAUUUUCCUCAAAUGUGCUGAUCCGUGACAUUUUAACAGCGGUUUGGAGAAUCCCAUAAAACCCAUCCUGACAUUGAUCAAACACUGCUAAAACAAAUCAGCCCUUGUACAAUUUGCUGUGUCCUUUUGGGUUUUAUUCUCUGCAGCUCCAUAUAUAUCCAUGUAUAUUAACAAAGUUUGGGCCGACUAUGGAAAGCACACUUCACUUAUAAUAGGCUGUGUUUCUAUGAACAUACACAGCAGCUCAUCAGACCACAUGAGUCUGGACAGCAGAAGGCCACGCUCUGCCAGUUUGAAUCCAAAAUCAGAAUGUGCAGUUCCAGUUAACGUCCCGGUUCAGUCAUGUUGCGUCUGAGGCAGUUUGUCCGUGAUGUGGUCGGUGUCUAAAGUCAGUGUUAAAGCCCUUGGUCGAGGCUCUCAGGGAGCUGUGAGCCAGGGCUCGGCCUCUCAGGCUCUGAGAACUGGCUGAAGAUAUCUACAUAAAACACAGAGUAAAAGGAUCAAAGGAAGGAAACGCAGUUAAAGUUGAUCAGAUGUCAGUGGAUGUGUGUUUUUGAUGCUGUUUUAUAUUAUCUGAAUAAAGGACACAUAUC